GAGCCAAGCCUGCGGGCGGUGGCGGCUGCACUCUCAGGGCCCUGGCAGCUGACCCUGGCCCCAAGGCCCGAUCGCCCAGGGGAGGAGCAGCACCAGGACCCCGCAUCGGCUGGGCGCCCCACAAGGGAAGCCAGUCUUAAUAUGAUGGAAACAUCUCUGAACUUCUAAAAGACCAAGGUUGGCGUUUUAGCUCUAUUAAUUUUACUUCCUCCUGGCCAGAAUUCGCAAUGACAACAGUGACAGUGACCACAGAGAUUCCCCCAAGGGAUAAGAUGCAAGAUAAUUCUGCCUUGUAUGAGUCUACAUCUGCUCACGUUAUUGAAGAAACCGAGUAUGUGAAAAAGAUUCGAACUACUCUGGAAAAGAUCAGGACCCAGAUGUUUAAAGAUGAAAUAAGACAUAACAGUACAAAUCACAAACUAGAUGCAAAGCACUGUGGAAACCUUCAACAGGGCUCUGAUUCUGAAAUGGAUCCUUCUUGUUGCAGUUUAGAUUUGCUUAUGAAAAAGAUAAAAGGAAAAGACCUACAGCUCUUAGAAAUGAACAAAGAGAAUGAAGUAUUGAAAAUCAAGCUGGAAGCCUCCAGAGAAGCAGGAGCAGCAGCUCUGAGAAACGUGGCCCAGAGAUUAUUUGAAAACUACCAAACACAAUCUGAAGAAGUGAGAAAGAAGCAUGAGGACAGUAAACAAUUACUCCAGGUUAACAAGCUUGAAAAAGAACAGAAAUUGAAACAACAUGUUGAAAAUCUGAAUCAAGUUGCUGAAAAACUUGAAGAAAAACACAGUCAAAUUACAGAAUUGGAGAACCUUGUACAGAGAAUGGAAAAGGAAAAGAGAACACUACUAGAAAGAAAACUGUCUUUGGAAAACAAGCUACUGCAACUCAAAUCCAGUGCUACGUAUGGAAAAAGUUGCCAGGAUCUUCAGAGGGAGAUUUCCAUUCUCCAGGAGCAGAUCUCUCAUCUGCAGUUUGUGAUUCACUCCCAACAUCAGAACCUGCGCCGUGUCAUCCAGGAGAUGGAAGGAUUAAAAAAUAAUUUAAAAGAACAAGACAAAAGAAUUGAAAAUCUCAGAGAAAAGGUUAACAUACUUGAAGCCCAGAAUAAAGAACUAAAAACCCAGGUAGCACUUUCAUCUGAAACUCCUGGGACAAAGGUAUCUAAGGCUGUCUCUACAAGUGAAUUGAAGAAGACCGAAGGUGUUUCCCCUUAUUUUAUGUUGAUUAGGUUACGGAAAUGAACUGGCUGGGUAAAGAUCUGAUUUAGAAAGACUGCGUGAGUCUUAUUUAUUCUUUGAAACACAGCACAAAUUUCAUGUUAAAAUGUCACAAUGCCAUUAUUUAAAUGGAACUUACUACAUACCAAUGGCUUUGCAAGAAGACGACAUUUCAGGAAAUCAAACAAAUAUAUAUUUAACGGAUGGACUCUUCAAAACUUACCAAAUAGUUGAAGAAACCAGGUGCCUUCUCAUGAUGGAAGACAGAUUCUGCUUUAAAUUAAAAAAAAAAAUCUGAAUCUUGUUUUCAGAUUUUUUUUUCUACUG